ACUUCAAAGAAGAUAGGCAACUUCCAUCUUGAUGAAAUGGAACAUUACCUUGAGCGCCAUCUGUUAAUGUUCAUGUAAAAUGAACUAAAAAUCGAAAGGACUUAUUUACUUUUUUGUGAAAAAUUGAAGAAAGAGGUUAAGGUGUACUACUAUUUAUAUAUUGUUCGUAACAAUAUUUAUAAUUUUUUAUAACAAAUAAUAUAAAUGCCAGCCACAACAAUGCAUAAAUUCAUAACAUUUCUUGGAGUAAUUUCCAUGUUGCAUGCUGCUUAUUCAGCUGCACAACAUAGAUCAUAUUUGCGAAUAACUGAGCAAGAAUUUACUACUUUACCAAUUGAUAUAUUAAUACAAGGUAUAAUAAGUUUGUUCAUAGUUAUGUAUGGUGUAAUGUACAUAGCUGGUGAUUUUAAAGAAAUACGAGCAGUUGUUGAUUUGGAAAACAAAUCUUGGGAAACAUUAAGAAAUCUUCCAUCAUUUCAAAUAUUUAAUCACCGUGGCAAAUCACUAUCUCCUGAUUAUAUUUAAGUAUUAUAGAAUAUACAAUUUUAUUCAUUUCUAGGAUGUGAUAUAAUUUAAUUGAAGAAUAAUAGCUCUUUGUAUAUUUAUUAAACCUUAAACCAAUUUAAAAACAAAAAGACAAUGUUAAGCACAGAAGUUUUUUUUUUUACACAGAUUCAUUAAAUGUUAUAAAUAUUUAAAUAAAAUAGUGAAUUUCAAGGAUAAGAA